AUGGUGCGACGGGAGGAGAACCGGAAGCGCAAAAAACUGUGCGAAAUCAGUUCGCUAUGCCACAAAAGGCACCAGACGCUGCACAAGAAAGCUGAGGAGCUCGAGGAUAUCGAUGCGAAGGUUUGCAUUGUUUCUUAUGAUGUCGAUGGUAAUUUAGGGGUCUGGCCGGAAGACGAGCGCAAGGCUCGAGCCAUCAUGAUGAAGUUCAAAGAAGCUGAUGCGAAAGCAAGCUUAUCACCAUUGCGUAGAGGAACGGAGGUCAGGAUUUCGGAUAUGCUGGGAGGCAAGAUAAAUAAGGUGGAAGGAAAAAACAAGGGUAAGAUGAAAGGAAAAAAGAAGGAUUUCGAGGGAUUCGAUGAUCGCUGCGAGAAGGGUUUUGAGGGUUUUGAGGAUGGUGGCGAGAAGGGUUUGGCAAUGUGGGAUGAUGAGCAUUUAGGGCAGCUGGGUGAGUUGCAAAGGGAUUCGUGGUGGAGUAUAACUAGGGUUAUGGAGAGUUGUAUACAAAUUGCGGAUGAGAUGGUCCAAUCAAUAUUACUUGACGGGCAAGCUAUUCAGCCUUAUGAUUUCAACAAUGUUAUGGCCACCACUCCAAAUUUCCCAGUAAAUUCUGAACCAGCCGGUCCAAAGUUGCCAAUUUCCGGAGAUAAUUAUCACGACAAAAACCGUAUUGUUAGUGUUGAUAAUGUCGGAUUUUCUUCUGAAGUUGGGAGUGAUGGUCGUGGCGAUGUCAAUAAUACUUAUGCUUAUAAUCCAUGGGUGAAUUAUAUUAAUUUGGGGGAUGAUUUUGAUUACGGGGAUUCUGGUGAGAUGGGAGAGAAGAUUAACAAUAUUAAUAAUGAUUAUCAGCUUGAUAAUUAUAAUCCUCCAUUGAUGGACUCUUUAGCACAGAGCUCCAAUAUUUACAGUGAGAAUCAGUCAUAUUUUGAGGCAGCGGACAACCUUGCUGCAAAUUUGAUGGGAUUUGAGGGGUGUGCUGAAAAUAAUAAUAUCCAUGUUGGCAGUAUUAUUAACCCACCACAAACCCUAAUUAGCUCAUGGGGUAAGGAUUUGACUCACGUUCAUCAACCAAUGAUACCCAAACGUCAGGAGGCAGUGUCGUUUCCAGUCUGGCCACAGCCCUUGCAAUCUGCUCAGAUGUCCAACAUUUUUUAG